CCUCUCGUUCGCAUUUUCUACCAACACCCCAUCUCGGAAUGCGUAAUGGAGAGGUGCCGAAACCGGGUCGCUCGGAUUUGAUACGUGCUUAUACAUUGCAACAUGCUGAGAGCGGACUAGGGAACGACUACCUAAAGCGAAAGAAUGUGAUCCGAGUGCGAAUGGAGGGUGAGCAGUUCUUGCUGCAGGCUCAUGACGUCCCUGCUGUUGUGGAGUGGAUAGAGGGUCUUCACGCUGGCGUCAAUAUCUCGCUCGAUUUGGAUGAGCGGGUCAUGCCCAAAGGUCCAAUAUUCCCGAGACGUCGUCGCCGCCGCCCUCGACGCCCUCCAGGUGAAGGGGCAAGGCCGUCUCGCUUGACGGUUUGAACAGUUGGCGUCUGUUCUGCUUUUUUUUUAGUAUGUAUAUUCACGACGAGACACGUAUUAUGAUCGUAGCAUUAUUGUUCCACCACUCGCUCCUGCAUUCUUGGACCCUACUCACUCAUUUUGCAUCCUUUUUCUGUUGUUGUUCUUUCUGGGCUCACUGUAUAGUAGUUUACUAGUGUCCGUCUAUAAAAUGAUAUUAGAUGCUACCUGUUACUACAUAUGUUGUAUUCCAUAUUCGUGCUAUGAAUGAAAUGAACAUGGUUAGCGCUCAAGUGAAGGGCAUAGCCUGUUGCUAGU